AUGAGCCGGGAUCGAGUCAUUCAGGACUCCGAUGAUGAGGAGAUCUUUAUAGAGGAAGAGGCUCCCUCCCCUGCCGGUGCACAGACUGAGCACGAGUCUCCAAAGCGACAACUGCACGACCAACUUGACUACCAUGUCACUGAGCACCAAGCAAACUACCCGAUUGAGCACUCAGCUGCCACAGAUAUCGACCAUGAGCCACAACUAGGAAUUAACUUCGAUAAAUUCUUGCAGUCCCAGGAUAUGUCGCAGAAUGAAACAACAUUGUCGCAACAGCGCCGAGAGGAACGAUGGAUUCCCUCGACCAAUGAGGGCGGCAAUGGAUCAAUUGGGGCUAUGAUGACAGAAAUUGGGCUUGCGCAAAGGCGGCUUCUCGACGACGAUGCGUCCACUGCUGGCCCUCUUCUUCCUUCCACGGCUACAGCAUACCCGAGCGAAAUCUCUCAACCUUGCUCGUUCCCUACAACUUCAACGUAUGGGUAUCACUUGGAAGCUGCAACUGUGAUAGACAAUUUUGCUUACACUCGACCUGCACAUGAUGCGCCAAACGAGCCGACGCAGAUAAUUGCGCCGCUACAGGCAAACGCGUGCGGGUACAGUACACCUGCGACAUCGAAUAACAUUGAACCUCCGGGCGAUGCUGCUGUCGAACAGGCAAUCAGAUUUUCAACCUCUUUACAACCAGUCGAUGGCGUAUAUGUCAGCCAGCCGAAGAAAGGCCCGCGCUCCAAAUCCAUGCAAUCGACGACAUGGUCUCCACAUGACACGGAGCCCAUGUCCUCUAACUUAUCCACUGGAAUAAGUAGAUCAAAGAGCGAUAAUGCCAGCUCUAGUCUGAUGUCGCCGCGCCAUUCUCCACAAAGCACCCAUGACGAGCUUUCUUUGCCCGCCGUGGCGGUAGAAGUUUCUACUCUGAAGAAGCGUGGUCGUCCGAAAAAACAGUUUCUGCCAGAGGAUGAUGAAGAAGACGAACUGGCCAUUCUUCAAGAAUCCGUGUCUGAACCAGUCAAAUUCCCGGAAAAGCGACGAUCAGGACGACCCCCCAAGGAACCUGGAACAGUAAUUUCUAAGGGAGAUUCGACUGGGAGUCCAGAGAAUGGAAGCUUGACAGGAAAUAAUCAAGUCAAUGACGAAACAAAAAAAGGUCUUAUGGUUGUGCUUCCUGUUGCCCUUGGCGCGAACUCUCGCAAAAACACAUCAAUAGCUGAAGGCCCAGAGGCAGCUGAAAAGGCACCUAGGAAGAAAAAGGUUAAGAGAAGCAAAACAGCCUCUGUGGUACUCGACAAGCCGCGCGAGCCCGAUGUCGGUGACGAUGUGAUAUGGGUCGACACCGAACCUCUUUCAGUGGAAGCCAAUAACACUCAAGCUACCCCGACUAUCCCGGUCGUUGAACCCAGCGAAGUCUCACUACCGAAGAAGCGCGGACGAAAACGCAAGAAGACUACAGAGGAACUCGCUGCUGAAGCUGAACCGAAGCCGGGCGAACGGCAGCAAACUGUAGAGGCCGAGACUUCCAUUUCCUACAACACUAUUGCAGCCGAUGAUCCCGCCAGCGCCACUACAGACCCUCAAAGAGAAGACACCGUGCCUAUCGAAUCUACAGAUCAGUCUCUACAGCCAGCUGACACAUCAUCCAACAUAAUCGCAAGCGAAGCCGUCCCUCAAACACCCCAGCGUGCGGACGGGAAAGGAAACGACCCAGCGCCUAGCAAAGGGCCUCACAAAGGUCCGGCAAAGCAUAGUCCUAUCUCGUCGACGAGCAAAGUGCCGUACCGGGUAGGGUUGAGUAAACGGGCGCGCAUUGCGCCUUUGCUCAAGGUUGUCCGGAAGUAA